AUGGCCUCCUAUACGACGUCGUACAUAACCAUUGCAUUCGAUCAGGUCCGCAAGGGUAACGCCCAGACCUUCCCCGAGGAGCAGCUCGAGCAUUGUCGUGAUCAUCCUGAAGACUACGCCAAUGCCUCUACCACAUUCGAGGAUGAGGAGGCUGAUGAUGAAUCGGAAGAUUCUGAUGUUGAGGAUGAUAUUGAUAGUGACGAAUCUGAAAGCGAGUCGGAGGAGGACGAGGAUAGCAGCAGUAGCGAAUCGUCUGAAUCUGAGUCGGAGUCGGAAAGUGAGAGCAGCUCUAGUGAGAGUGAAGAUGAAAGUGUCAAGCAUCGUGCAAAGCCUAAGCGCCGUGCUGUUGUUGACGAUGUUGAUUCUGAGGGCUCUCUUACGUCCUCAGACGAUGAAAGUGAUAGUGAUGAGUCCUCUUCUGAUGAGUCUUCAUCAUCAUCGUCGUCCUACAGUAGCAGUAGUGAAUCGGAGGAGUCCAGCAGCGAGAGUGAAAGUGAAUCUGAAGCUGAGAGCGCUUGGAGCAUGUCGGCCGAUGAUGAGAGUGAAGAUGACGAGUUGGACGAGCAAGCAAAGAGGAGGAAGCGUGCUUUGAAGUGGUUGAAGGACAGCGAUGAAAGUGACUCGGAAGAUGAGAGGAAGCAGGCAAACGAGGUUCGUGCUCGUCGCUUGCAAGCUCGUGGUGCUAGAGAAGAGGCUGCGGCUAAGCGCCAGCUGGCAGUUGACAGCGACGCUGAUGAAGAGGACUUCGAAUCUGAGUUCAAGAUCGUUGAUCGCGAGGAGGCUUUGGUGGAGACGCUGAAGACCCAAUACGGCAUUCACGACGAGAUGGAGGAGGACGAUGUUGUUGCUAAAACGAGGGAGAUCCUCCAACAGCGUGGGCGUAAGGGCGUGGAUAGACAGCUCCAGUUGAAGAAAAUGUUGGCAUUACUUGAAAUUUCCGAGAAGAAUGAGUUCGACACCAGUGCUCGGGCUACUCUACUUGGUGGUAUUCUCUCUCACUACGUGGACCAACGUUCGGGUGUCUUUAACAGUCUCGCUCGCCCGGCGUGGUUACAGUGCUUUGCUUACCUUGGUCGGCUCAUCUCUGUUGUGGCGAGCGAUGGUAGCGCGGUGAUUCUGACUGGUGGUAUGGAGAAAAGCGAAGAUGAGACUGUGAGGAAGCAGCAGAGGUCUUCCACCAACUCUGCGGUUGCGGGAUUCAUCGAGCAGUUGGAUGAAGACUUGUAUAAGAGUCUUCAGAGUGCAGCAGACUUGUCGUCGUCGCAACACUCUGCUGGGUCGUCCACAACUACUGGUGCUAUCGCCACUGCGGAGCAAUACACGGAGCGCCUCGCUGAUGCUUACAAGUUGGCGGCUUUGGAAUUCGUGGCGUUGUGCCAGUUUAAAAUUGAUACCAACGUCGAUGAGGGAGAAGCCAAGGACUCCGUCGUUUCUCGUGUUGCCUUGAAGUUGAUGGACCAUCUCUAUUAUCGCGCCGAGAAUCUCAACAAGCUCGUUAUCAAGAAGAUUGGAGAAAAUCUGAAGGACGGCGAGAAAUUGCUCUCUUGCAAUCUUGCUAAUUCCCUAACGGAGACUGCCAGUGCUGAGUGGGAGCGUCUGUCGCAGCUGGAGGAAGGAAGCUCGGUUGCUUUGGUGGGCAGUCUGGCCGCGUGUGUCUACAACUUCAACGGUCCGAUGGCUACUAGUAUGAAGGUCAUCGCUCUGCUACGUCAAAUCUUCCACUAUGCUAAUAACGACCGGUUGAAGGAGGCGAGGAGGCUUAUUACAGUCUCCAACGUGCAUGAGAGAGUGCCUCCUUCGCUGAGUGGUGCUGGAGCUGAUGUGAAUACCCAGGUCUUGUACAACAGGGCGUUGGCGGCUAUUGGUAUGGCGCAUUUCCGAGCCGGAAAUGUAGCGCAAGCUCACAAGUAUCUUUAUGAGCUAUGUGGUCAGAAUCGUUGUCGAGAGCUCUUGGCUCAAGGAUACAGUCGAGUGUCAACUAUGCGUGGAGAGGAGAAGACUCCUGAGCAGGAGAAGGCUGAGAGGCGCCGUCGUCUUCCCUACCACAUGCAUAUGAACCUCGAGCUCGUCGAGACCGCCCACAUGAUCUGCGGCGUCUUGCUAGAGGUCACUCAAAUGGCAUAUCACCGUGCUACUGGUGCGAACAGCCCCCUUGUGAACAGAGUCGUCCGUCGAUCUCUCGAGUUGAUGGACCGUCAAACCUUCCUCGGUCCUCCCGAAUCCGGUCGCGACUCGGUCCUCUUUGCUGGCAAGGCCGCGCUGUCUGCAGACGUCGACCGUGCGGUGACUUUGAUAAAGUCGUUGAAGAUCUGGGAUCAACUUCCUGCUACUGUGCUUCCUCUCAUCGAGGAGGGUAUGAGGGAGACUUGCCUGCAAGUGGCCUUGUAUAGGAGUAUGCUCACUCACACGUCGGUCGAUUCGCAGCAGCUAUCGCAGCACUAUAAGGUUGACCAUAGCACUGUCAAUGGUAAGCUAUUGGUACUGUGUUGGACUAUAGUGUUUUUCAGCUAUGAUUCGACAACUGAUUUUCCGAGGAGAGUACCCUGCGCAGUUUGUCGCGGACGGUGAACUUGGCGAUGCUACUGAGGAUAAGAUGCUCUAUACCAAUUUCCCCCGUGCGUCUCGGUUCCAGCAGCUUUCACGACAGCUUGUAGAUCGUUCUAUCAUGACACUCGACAGCAGCGACAAAUUGGUGAUGGAUCAAAGUACCGGUCGGUACGACUAUCGAGGAAGUGGUCUGCCGAGUGAUCAGCCGAAGCCUCGGGUUGCUCGAGCUCCUCUGAGUAGUGAGGAAGCGGCGAGAAGAGGCUGGGGAGCGGCUCGGAGGCAGGCUAAGGGGACAGUCAUCCCGAACGCCUCGGCUGUUGGUGGUCUGAAGCCUGCUGGAGGGGUCGGCGGUCUGAGGACGGGAAUGUACGUCCCUCCUGGACGACGUUAGGAGUUCGAUGAUGGUG